AUAAAUUCAUCCCGGGCCUUUCUCUAUUCUAUCAUUUGUCUCUAUUGACUUUUCUUCAACUUGAAUAAAUUCUCAGCACUUUCAGUUUGAAUCGAAAGCUGGUAACUCACCAUGGCAUCUAUACUUGAUAGAGACCCUGAUGCCGACAAGAAGAUGGACCCUCGCAACUCCAUCGCGUCCGACUUUGCUGAAGAUGCUGUUGUUCACGAUUUUGGUUACAGCCCCUCAUAUGCAAGAGUCUUUCGUUCUCUGGGCGCCAUGUCACUCAUAAUGGCUAUGGCUCCACCCAUGUGCGGCAUCUUCAUAGCUGUCUCUUAUCAAAUAAACUAUGGCGGCUAUUGGGGACUGACUUGGUAUGAAUAUCUCUUAUUCAAUGGUGCCAACUAUUGGUGGACAGCUGCACUCGCACCUCCGUCGAUAUCCCAUCCUCUGUCUUUCAUCGCAGGCAUGGCCAACAUCAUGAAUGCCCUUACAAGCAUUGCCAGUUUUGCUUGGGCAUCGUCCAGUUCCAUCUGCACCAUCAUCGGCCUCUUCACCGGCUGGAUACCGACCAAUCCUAUCAUCUUUGCGGUCGCCAUAGGUACCUGCGCUGCAUGGGUUUUCACGACAUCUAUCAGGAUGGAUACAGCCAGCCUUGUUUUCAUCUCCUCGGCAACCCUUGUUCUCGUCUCCUCGGCCUGUUUUGUCAUCGGACUCCCCGUCGCUCAAAAGACCCAGGGUAUUCCUUUUACUUCUGCCGCUACCGUCUUUGGAGACUACACCAACUACAGUGACUGGGGCAGACCUGUUUCUGUUCCGUUCACCUUCUUUUGUGCCGCAUGGGUCAUUACUGGUUGGAACGCACCAUCGGCCGUGGCAGAAGAGACUCAUAAUGCACGAAUAGUUGCACCUCGCUCCAUCAUCAACACGUAUUGUCUACAAGCAGGCAGGGAUCGCUGGGGUCUCAAGGUCGCGGGAGCUUUCCUGCUUAUCAUCUUCCUGAACACCUCUAUCGGUGGCGCGGCCGUUUUGGUCAUGAUGUCCUGUCAGACAGCUGCCUUUGCACGGGAUGGGGGGAUGCUCUUCAACGACAAACCCUCAUACAUCUCGCCCCGGAUCAAUAUGCCAAUUUAUACAACGAUGUUUCUCACGAUUGGCGGCAUGCUUAUGCUAUGUCUGGGAUUCUCCCCUAUUGCUUCCGAGACCAUCUACUCCCUUGGUGUCAUUGCGAUCAUGGUAUUGUACGCACUACACAUGAUAUUCAGAGUCUUCGACAAUGGACGAUGGGUUCCAGGCCCGUGGAAUAUGGGCAGAUUUGGCAAGCCUGUUCAUGUCUUGGGUUUCUUGACGGUCGUCUAUAUAAUGAUAAUGGAAUGCGUCCCCCCUCUGGGAAAUUGGACUGGAGCGACGCUGAACUAUAAUUGGGCCGUGUUCUUGGGUGCUGUAUUACUCUCUACCCUCCUGUGA